GUCAAUGCGGCUUCCAAAGGACACUUGCCUAUUGUGAUAUAUCUACUUACAAAGCAAGGUGCAAAUCCUCUUGUCCGGAAUAAUUGGGGUGAGACUGCAUAUGACGCUGCUGCUGCCGUGUUCGAGGUAUGGAUCUGUGAGGUCCUGCAAAAAUCAGAAGCGGAGCGAUGGCGUAGAACAACUGCCCCAUAUAACCCUCUCGCAGUGCACACGACCAUCCCAUUGAUCCUUUAUGAGAACCAGCGCCUGGACACACGGCUGAAAACGUUGGCAGUGUCUGGUGGGAAGCCAAAGUUCUCACCCUCUGGCCUUGGUAGGCCGGGUCGGCGUGCACCGUUCGAGUUGAAACUGCCUUCCCCGAACGACGGGGGCGCGAAACUAGUUGCUGCCUGGCGUAGCGGUGUCCAGCUUCCACUGACCGAAGAUCCUUGGACAUUACCAGAAACAAGCUCCAGGGAUAGACCCGCCAUGGAUGGCACUGAAAGAAGUCACUUUUGGCUGUCUGAUUGGACAUUGGAUGUUACGCACCCUGGUGUUGAUGUAGAGGCAGGCUGGCAAUAUGCACAGGACUUUUCCUUGCCUGAUGAAACCUGGACUGCCGAACCGCCCCCUCAGCUUCAGCGUUUGCUGAGCGGGAGUGGACUCAUGACAGCUAGCUUAGGCAGUCCUUCCAGAAGCCACAGCCGCGCAAGCAGCAGUAGCUCAGCGACCUCUGUAUCCGUGGCCGCACGCGCUCCAACGUGGGUAAGACGCAGACGCUGGGUCCGCGUGAUGCGUCGUAGGCUUGACGUCCCCCCUCUGCCGUUCCAGGAGCCGGAUGGUGCCAUGUACCAUCUUGAACUCGACGGCUCUCUCAUCCCAUUCAUUCAGGUCGACGAGAGUGAGUUUGCAGAAGGCGAAGGACAGGAGCUCGGAACGAUGACGUCCACAAGACUGUCAUCCGCCCAGGACUAUGUCUCCCGUGCUCGGUACCUAGUCGGAACACAGCGGGAUGUUGCCACCAGCGGGGAGACUUUAUCUGCUGUCGAAGCAAGGCGUGCCAUUGCCAAACUUGAACGUGCAACUACUGAACUGCGACAAGGCAUUCUUAGUGAUGAUGAUGCGGAACGAAAAACUCAGGCUGAAGUCCUGCUCAAUGCCUACAGCAGAGAGCUCGAGCGUCGCCGACUCGCAGCUGGCAAUCAAAGAUUACUCAUCUCGGGCGAAGAUGACGAUUAUGUGGAAGAUGACGACGACGAUGAAGAAGAGUUCCGCUAUCCUGGCUAUACGCCUCUAGGCACGUCUGUCCGCUCAGCUUCUACGGAGCACCUUUCCCGUUCUGUUUCUCGUGCACCUACGGAUUUGACUUCUCACCUCUCUCAAGCACCUGAGUUCCGCGUCCCCACCCAUGAAGCACCUCAGAAAGUUCUAAGUCCAAGGUGGACUGCCCCGACACCUCACCAAGUCCAUGCGCAAUGGGAAAGAGACGAUAUGGUCUCUAAUUGUAAUGAUUGUCGGCGGCGGUUCGGAUUUCUUUUACGAAGACAUUGUCGCAAGUGUGGUCGGAUUUUUUGUGAUCGUUGCUCUUCUCAUCGAGCACUCCUCGAUCCAUCCGACAUUGUUCGCGACCCUGUGUUCCCGGAAUCCGCGGCAUCCUCCUCAACUCAGCGCGUCUGCCAGGGAUGUUACGAUGAGAUCAAUGCCCGUGUCCCUACCAGAUUCUCGGGCUCCACCUCGUCCGCCAUGGAAAGAAUUGUGAUCGAUCAAAGAAGGCUCAUGAUCCCUGGACAGCUCCAUAGGCGGGAGUCUAGUUCGCAACUAAGCGACCUUGCAGAGUGCCCUGUGUGCAGCACUAGCCUUGCGGACCUUGGACUACCGGCAGAACAAGAAGCCCAUGUGAAGAAUUGCCUAGAAGGAGAUGCUGGAACCUCACCUCAAGCUGCUAAGUAUCUUGUGUACAAGUUACCUGGCGAGAGCGCACUUCUGGGUGUCGAAUGUGUCAUCUGCUUAGAGGAGUUUACAGAGGGCGCACUUGUAGCGAGGCUCAGCUGCUUCUGUAGUUUCCACAAUGCUUGCUUGUCCUCGUGGUUGCAGAGAGGCAGAAGCUGUCCCGUUCACGCGCGUUAGAAGAAACAUGCAUAGGCCUUCCAUACCUAGUUCUGCUGAUCGAAUACUCUUGGAUCACAUGCACACUUUCUCUAACACGUCACAUAAUAACGACUACAAGUAAAAUAGUGCACAUCCUCACAUAUUAUAUGGUAUUACAUAUUAUGCUAUGCAUGUCAAUCACCAUCCCUGGGUUCGAAGAAGGUGCUGUAUCGCGCUCUGCUCUCGUCGACCCGUAUAACACUAGAGAGUUCUUCAUAGUCCGGUUCGAUAAUGUCUUGACCUUUGACACCGUCAUCCUGGUCAUCUUCAAACCACAUUGACGGGUCUUCGUCAUCUUCAUCGU